GUGUUUUCUCGAGCAGUAUUUUUUGCUAACACUGCAAGAUGGCUGGCGUCACUCUGCAUGAUGGGAGUUCAGCAGUUUGACAGAACUUGGCGAUCCUGCUGCUGCACCUCCACACUCACAGAUGCCUGUUGAGGUGGUUUGGACACCUGCGCCACCAUCAGCACUGGCCAGGUCCAGACCGUACCAAGGUGUUCGAGUCAGAGAUCCAGUCAAAGAGCUGCUGCGGAGGAAGCGGAGUCUGGAGCCGCACAGCGCCAAGACAACGCCCCCUACUGCGGAUGUGGUCACACACAACAGCCAGUCAUCAUACACACAAGGCAUCUUUGGCUCUGAUGUUGCUGAGCCGUCGACUGUAGUCAGUGAUGGAGGGCUGCAGUGUGCAGGAUGGAAAGCUGCACCCCUUGCCACCAGCGCUGGCCUGCAGCCUGCUGUAACACCCUGGUCUUCAUCUGACUACAACCAGCAGGACCGUUCAGUUCAGACUCUGGCCUACUCAGCCACCCCCACCCUCACUGCUGAUGUGUACAUGCAGACUCUGUGUCCCAGCUACACCAUGCUGACCUACACACACACACCACUGCUCACUAACUUUGGGACCAUAGCCCCAGCACCAGCCUCCCUCCCUCAGAUGGAGCUCCCAGACUCAGGGUUGACCUACCUACCCUGGGCCCAGCCCCUCACCACCAUAUCUACCAUGCCCAACCCUGGGGUCCAGUUUGCCCCCGGCUCUGCAGCCCUGCCCGGGUCACCUCUGGUCCACAUGCCCUUGUCCAUGUCUUUGACCACCAUGAUCCCUCAGUUGGAAGCUCAGGGUGUGAAUCCUCAUCCACAGAUACUGGACCUCCCGCAGCAUUCAGAACACCAGCUGGACCCUGAACCACAAGACCAGUCUCUGGAUGAAGAUCCAGGGGUAGAGCCGGAAUCACAGAGCCUCCUGGAUAAACUUCUGGAGGAUCAAAAGAAUGAUGGCCAAGAAGAGGACAAAGACUCAUACAGUAGCUCCCUCUUCCUUCCGAAUGUCUGAAAAUAUGAGUGUUCUUCUGUCCGUGGAGAACAGUAGUUAUUUCUGUUUGUUUCUCAGGGGCCACCAUUAAAGAAUAAUUUGGGUUUAUUACGACUUGGGUCUUAAUUUUGUAGCUGUGUGGCUUUGUAGCCAUAACUUCUAUUGAUUAUUAUAGCACAGUACUCACCAAAUUAAUUGCUGAGAUUGAUGGUGGAUUAAUAACCAGGGACAGUGGGUAACUCCCCCAAAAUCCCAGGCACUCACGGGUUCCAAAGGACCCCAGGUUGUGAAAAUUACUUUAUGGCAAUUUUAUUAAUUACAAAUUUGUUUAGUAAUAUGCAUCACUAAAAACUGAAUCUUGAGACCUGGUCUUGUAUAGGGACAAUGUUUCAAAAUAUAGUUUUGAUGCCUUUAAUAUUUCAGUUGAUAGUGCUUGGUACAUGUUCUUUAACAAAAUUGUUUUUAAUCACAAAUUAUCACAAAGGUUUAGGGUUGUUUCUUUGCAGUGAUGUUGCCAUCUUCCCGGAUCUCAACAGUUAAUUUAGUUAGUACAUUGAUGUUAUAACCAAUAAAAAUGAUGCCCAAAACCUAAAAUUAACUUAGUUACACCUGUUACUUUUACACUUGUCCUGCAAUGGUAAACAAAAUACCUUCUACUAUUAUUGUUAUUUUUUUGUUUUUAUUAUAUGCAUAUAAGAUGUAGUGAAGGGAAAAGCGACCUACUUUUUUUUGCAGAAUGGAGUUUAUUAUCAUUUUAUGCUCACAUGUUGUGAUGUAAUGCACAUUUCUACUGUAGAUCAUAUAAAACUGGGCCUUUUGGUUUUUUUUAUAUGAGUGUGUAAGAUAUUAAUGCUUUUCUUAACCUAUAUUUGAUUCAUAUUCAUGUUAGCAGCUAGCAUGUUAGCUUGUUAGCAUGUUUCUUUUUUUGCAGCAAAAACAUCUGUCAUUGAAAAACAGGAAAAAGACGCUGUUGUCCCGGUCAGUGGGAGUUAUGUCAGAGACGGUCGCAGUUUCCUGAGACACAUUUAACGUUAAGUGCUGUCCAUCUCACAGCCUCGAGUUGUUUGCCUUAGACAUCUGUCAUUAAUGCUGUCCGUUAACAAGAGCCUGAAGAAUUA